GAAUGAGGGGUGUGUCCGUCAGUGGGCGUGACUGUGUGCAGGAACAAUCAACAAAUUCCAACCAGGACACAAACACGUGCCAUUUUCACUUUGGACUCACAGCAGCGACACAGAGACAGGACUUCUUUUUUUUUUUAACCAUGAAGGCUUUAUCUUCACCAGAGUCUCCCAGACAGAGGACCAUGAGAAGGGUGUCUAAACCUCUGAUGGAGAAACGCAGACGGGAAAGAAUCAACCACAGUCUGGAGACGUUACGACUCUUGAUGCUGGAGAGCACCCACAAUGAGAAACUGAAGAAUCCAAAGGUGGAGAAAGCGGAGAUUCUGGAGAGUGUGGUCCACUUCCUGAAGACAGAGAAGGAAGUGGACAGGGUCCUGUCCGGGGAGCAGACCUGCGCCCGCCAGCACAACUACAACGACGGCAUGAGGUCCUGUCUGCUAAGGGUUAGCCGCUUCAUAGCCACCAAGAGCCAGGAGUCAGAGGGGACCGGGGGGGACACAGUUCAGGCGUCUCUCGCGCUUCCCGGACCCCACACGCACCCCUCAUCACCCGGGCACAUCCACAAGGCACUGAUACCCGCUCCUGCCGGCGACUCUGCCACCCUGGUCCCUCAGCAUGUGUCCCAUCACCAUCACCGCCAGCACGGGAUCUCUCAUCCGUACCUCACCCAGACAACCGGACUCCACUGUGAGACCAGAAAGAUGCACAUCACUGACCCGGUGUGGAGGCCCUGGCCUCAGUAACAGACAAUUACACACAUAUUUUAUUUUAGAUAUGAAGCCUACUGUGGAUACAAACAGAGUGUAAAUAUGUAUUUUAUUGUACAGCCCGAAUUCUCUUGUACAGUAAAGACAUUUUCUAUGACUCACAGAUGAUAUUCUCCACUCUGAUGGUGGCGUUUUUGCUUUGUCCUGCGCAUCACGUGCUAUAUUUUUCUUUUUGUUUAAAUUUCAGGUGUAAAUAUGAGAUAUUUUUAGGCGGGAGUGUCCGCAGGUUGCUGUUAUUUUUACACCAAUACUCGGGAUAUCUGUUUGGUGCUGAAACACAUGCGUAAAACUGUUGGAACGCGUGCGUAAAAACGCUUAUCUGCUUUGCCUUUUACUGCUUCAUCAGGGGUGUUGUUCUAUUUUUGCUUUUCUCUGAGAUGUAUAUAUUCUUGCUGGAUUCUCUGCCCCCAUUUGCAAUAAAAGUACAU